AUGGAGGUCCAGAUCCCCUCUCCGUCUGUUUUCUUAAGAAAGUCUCCUGUCAUCACCCCCGCGCCCGCGGUCCAACCGAAGAAGUCGGCUAUCGCAAAGCAGAAGACCAAUCCUCCGCCCAAGUCCCUUAACAAAUCUGUUCAGGAUGGGGCGGUGACGAAGCCGAAGCAAAGCAAGAGUCGAAAUGGUUGUAUGACAUGCAAGAAGAAACGGCUAAAAUGCGACGAGACAAAACCCUCUUGUGCCCAAUGCCAGAAGAGAAGCGUGGUAUGCGAGGGCUACAAGAAGGACUACAAGUGGAGGACGUUUGAGGAAACCACGUUUGGCUCCCGACCUGCCACAAAGAGGAAAGCAUUCCGUUCCAAUUCCUUCUCACCGACCCAGAAUGUCGCCAGACCCCUUGAUAUCGCCGGUGGUGGAAGACCGGAUGCCAGACAGGAGGGCUUGGACGCCGCUCAACCUCCCCAAACAUGGUCCCCAGGCCUGCAUUCUGCCUUCGAGACUGCGGCUCAUGCAUUUCAGGACCAGGGCGAGGGCCACUUUCACCCUCAGGGAUUGGUGUCCAGCCGAGAGCAGCACGUCGAGGUGGAGUUUGAUCAGGAACAGUCGCCGCCUCUACACCUCACCACCCCGGAUUCUAUCUUCAUGCCUGCUUUCAAGAGGGAAGCUAUGUCUCCGGACCUGACAUUUGACGACUCGGUGGAUCCUUACAGCCUAACCACAACCACGACAAGCUCCUCUGUCAAUGAUAGCAAUAGUGCCAGGUCUUUCUCCUCCGGUUCCCCCCAACUUCUGGACCUGAUCAUGCCCUCGGGAUCGGAAAUGAACCCACUGUCUGAUGCUUGCGACCUCGAUGGCAACAUACCUGUGGAAGAUGACUUCGACAAAGAAAUUAUCAGGUCGGAUGCCAUCGCCACAUCGGCAGCGAUGUCCGCCUUGCAGCUUCCCACGCCUUCAUCGAUGCUUGACCCCAGCUUCUCCAACACACCGUUUCAAGCUUUCCGUGCGUCUUCUCCUACCCCUAGCGAAACUUCGACGGCAUCUUCCAAAUCCAGCGAUAUGACCAUCCUCGCCCAGCCCUCUCUUGACGCGUCUUCCCCAGAGAUGCUCAUGCUUCGUUUCGACAAGCAAACUUGUGGCAUCCUAUCCGUCAAGGACGGUCCGACAGAGAACCCGUGGCGGACAUUGAUCUGGCCGUUGGCCCGAGAAUCUCCUGCUCUGUACCACGCUAUUUCAUCCAUGACCGCAUUUCACGGUGCUCAUGAGAUUCCGAACCUCCACAUGCCAGGGAUGCAACACAUGACGAAAGCGAUCAAACGCCUUGCCUUCGAGAUCGAGAACAUGCGACUCGAUUCGGCAUUGGCGACUUCAUUGGCACUUGCAUUCAGCGAAGGCUGGGAUCGCCACGUGAGCACUGGUGUCCAGCAUCUCCGUGGCGCCAAAGUCAUGGUCAACAACGCCCUAAUCAGACAUCGGCGGGACAUGCAGAUGGGCCAGAUGACAACACAAGAUGCCAACAGACUCAAGUUUCUGUGCAAUACAUUUGUCUACAUGGAUGUGAUAGCUCGGUUGACGUCUCUGGAAGAAGCACCCGACCUCAAUUUUGAGGAUAUUCUCUCAACCGUCAACUCGCCGUUUGGAGACCAGGUCGAGGUCGACCCGCUCAUGGGCUGUGCCACGACCUUGUUCCCGCUGAUAGGUCGCGUCGCCAAUCUCAUACAACGGGUGCGCAAGACCGAGUCAAAUUCUCUGACGAUCGUCUCCACCGCAUUGGAGUUGAAAGAACGCCUUCUGCAGUGGCAAGUGCCCAGCGUUCUGAUCUUCGAGCGGCCGGAAGAUCCGAAUUCGGAAGUCCAGCACUCAAUUCAAACGGCGGAAGCUUACCGAUACGCUACGUUGCUCUAUCUACACCAAGCUGUGCCGGAAAUUCCUAGCGACCCAGCGGCAUCCCUGGCGAAGAAAGUCUUGGUGACCUUGGCGUCCGUGCCCCUGUCGUCAAGAGCAACCAUCGUCCACAUCUUCCCUCUUUUUGCGGCAAGCUGCGAAGUCACCGACCCGGACGAUAGGACCUGGGUGAUGCAACGCUGGCAAGCGAUGAUCAGGCGUCUGAAGAUUGGAAAUGUGAACUCGUGCUGGAAUGUUGUCCAGGAAGUCUGGGCUCGCAGGGAUGCGUACGAGGAAGAAAAGUCGAGCAGACUGCUAAGGCAAUAUGCGAGUCGUGGAGUGCCAGGGGGUAAUUUCGUUCCUCCGGUCCUAGAUAUGCCACCGGCAUUGAAGAGAAAGUCCCAUACAGUGGAUUCUCUGGGCUUGGGAGACAGCCGGCCUUUCAGCCAUGGCCAAAACCAAGCUCAGGGCCGCGGACCAGAAGAAGUUGAUGCAACAGGUCGGCCGAUCAGACGUCGCCUGACGCUAGACUCAGCUGGAAGCGCGAGCGGCAUGUUAGCUAUGUCAGCAACGAUGCCGCCUCCCCCAACCUCCCUCCCUCAGCGUCAUACAAGCGACAUCAUGUCCCCGGACCAACUGGAACCCGAAUAUACCGUGCGAGGGCAAUUGCACUGGUCGGGUGUUAUGGCAGACUGGCAGUGGGAAGAGUAA